UCAAGACCCUUGGAGAAACUGCUGGUGACAGGGUUUGAAGGUCGUAAUAAGCACUCCUAUAAAAGUGCGAUAGUUGUUAUAAUUUACUAUUUCGUCCAAAUUUUCCUUUAUAGCGUGGUAUAUACAGAGCAACUAGAGGAAGAAAUGUAUCGCUGGGUGGUUCUUGCUCUCUUCUUUAGUGUUGUUGCUGCUGGAGACUAUUUUGCUACCGGCUUAGGAACUUUGGAUCCAAACUACAGCCAGAAGCUUGGAGCUGAUGGUCAAGUCCACUUGGAUUUCCGCCAGAAAAAAAACGGAUUUUCGUACUCUGUUUCCGACGCUGGUAGCCCGAAUGGGGCAAAUCAGCAACAAACGAGUAUUUCUAAAGACGCUCUAGGAGGUCAUACGAUUCAGCACGCAGCCCAUGGACUUCAAACAAACCCUUACACUGGAUCUACGAAUAUCAAGCACUCUGAACAUGCCUUCCAUAUCAAUCCUUAUCUAGGUAAAGCAGCUGUCCAUUCCAAUGACGCUGCUGGUCAUCUCAGCCCUCUGACCGCCUCUGCAGCCUAUCAGCAGAAUAACUACGACGCUCAGAUAGCUCCGGGUCUUAGUGCUCUCCAAAAAGGCCAGGCAGCUGCCUCCAUCUCUCCUUAUGGCAACCACGCUAGCCACGCUGUCCACAAUGCCCACGCCGCCGCCGUGCCCGGAGGAGUAGCCCACGCUGCUCAUACAGCUCAGGCAGUUCACGCUAACCACCCAGGUCUAGGAGGUUACACUCAAGCUCACGCCGCUGAUGUACAGGGUUUUCAGGGUCCUGGCUACGGUGCCCUGACCCAAGCUGCUCAGAAUACAGGUGCUUCUUAUGGGCCUUAUGGACUUGCCGCUCAAGUCAAACAGGACGGCUAUGCUGCUGACAAUGUCUACAAUGCUCAUAUAAAUUACGCCGCUGGAAAUCAGCACGCUUUCGCUCAUCAUGCUCACCGUGAUCCUUACAGUGGGUAUCAGCAAGUUACUCACACUGCCAACACUGCUCAUGAAAGUCCGAUAUACCCUAGCCACUACGCUGGUGCCACUAGCUACGUACAAGGCGGAUAUGCCCCUGUUCCUCACGCCAGCCACGGCUACGUGCAAGGUGGAUAUGCCCCUGUUCAACACGCCAGCCACGGCUACGUGCAAGGUGGAUAUGCCCCUGUUCAACACGCCAGCCACGGCUACGUACAAGGUGGAUAUGCUCCUGUACAGCAUGCCAGUCAUGGAUAUGCAAAUGUAGCUUACGGCUCUGUUCCCGAAACCUAUCCCUACGGUCACAAAAAAUAGACAAUUUCUUUAAUAUUACAGCACAAUGCAUAUUUGCCCAUGCAACGAUGUCUUAAAAUAACACUAAACGAAAUUAAAACACUCAUAUGCUGUUUGUAACAUAGGGUAGGUCUCGAAAUCUGAAAUUUUAACGUAGCAUUUAAUUUAAAUCUCCUUGACUUGUAUUUCUAUGCAGGAUAAAAGAUUAAUUUCUAAAGUUUUUAAGACAAUGUUGCUACAAAGUUCUGAUCCAAGAGUCGAUCUUAAUUCUUACAUUUUUUUUAUAUAUUUAAGUUGUAGAAUUUAUUUAUAUUUGAGACAGUUUGCCGUACGUAUGUAUAAAAGACACUACGGGAUCGACUAGUACAGGGAUUAUAAGGGCAUGGUUUGAUUCUACUUGAUUCUGAGGUUGUAGAUAUAUUCAAUAACUAUUACGAAAUCACGGAAUGAGAAUUGAAAACGGAUGUGUCGCUUUUGUACUUGAUGAAAAGUUGUUCAAGAAUUUGUUCAAAAUGUGCGUGUUAUCUAACUUUGUUCUCAUUUUAUUCCUGUAAUGCUAUUUUCAAAGCUGUCGUCUAAAUUCCUAAUAAAACUGAC